AUGAACAUCGAUCUCGAACAAGCUCUGACUUCGCUGCCGUCAUGCACUCGCUGUCGCCAACGUCGUAUCAAAUGCGACGAUCGUCUGCCAAGCUGCCGGAAUUGUAUGCAAGUUGGCAAAGAAUGUCAGUUUCGUGACCAUGUGGUCGGUGAAGAUAUACCACGGCAAUAUGUUCUGUCAUUGGUUCAGCAUCUUCAAGCACUGGACCCGGCCACGCCAAGGGGUCAGGUCAAUGGAGAUUCCGGCUUGCAUGAGGACCAGGACGAGGAUCAGGACCAGAGUCUCCGGAGCUCGAACAAGCAGGGGGACGCCGAGAUUCACGAAGACUCGCACCCUCCAGAGGUCCAAGACAAGGAUGGGACGAAGAUGUUCGACAUCUUUGCGGCCGUUCCGAGCACCAGUCAUCUCAAUGACUCCAUCGUUUCGUAUUAUGGCCCGAGCAGUGCGUAUGCCGCAGCAUAUCUAGGAUCCGACGGAUCAGACCUCGAAGUCACCGCGCCGACAAAUCAACUCGCCCCGGAACCGUAUCGACGCUUCUUGGACGCAUUUGCUAUCAACAGUCGACCCAGAUCUGAAGCGACAGACGCUGGGCUGCCAGGGGCAGUCUACACGAAAGCACUUGUGGCCCAUUACCGUAAGUCAAUUGAGGUAUUCUUCCCUGUCUUGGGCGACGAGUGGUUCUCACACGUGAAUUCCUUGGACCUUGACGAUCCCGACACCUUCAACAAUAACAACACCCUACUUGCACUGGUUCAGCUCGUGACCGCGCUGUCACUUCAAUUGAUGAGUCGAUCUGAACCGAGUCUCACGACCAUGGCUUCUAUGUAUUUCUUCCGCAUCAGUGAAAGAACUGUGCAUCGAGCUCUCAGGUCGCCGAACCUGCAACUACUACAGCUAUUCACUCUUAUGUGCAUAUACCUGUUGCUGGACAGGAAGGCUGGCGACAUUUGGACCGCGCUUCAUCAUGCUCUGUCAAUAUACGACGCCUUACACCUUACAGCCGGAGAAGAUGAACAAUCGAAGCUGAUUCGAAAUACCCUGUUCGUCCUAGAAGUGUAUGCGGAAAGCCAGCCGAUUUUAGGGUAUCAAGGCUAA